GCGAGCGCAGGGCCUAUGGUUAUAAGAACUGGAGCAAGCCCUGCACCGAUGCCACCGGAAAAAUCCGUCCAGAUGAAUUCGGCGGGGAAGGAGAACAGCAUGCUGGCCCCUCUCCUGCCAGAGGUCCGGCAGCCGGCGGCUGAGCAAAUGGGCGGCGCGUCCGUCUCGGGGGCGGUAUUCAACAUAUCGACGACCAUCAUUGGGGCCGGGAUCAUGUCGCUGCCGGCGGCGACGAAGGUGCUCGGAGUGGGCCCGGCGCUCCUCCUAAUCGCCGCCGUCGCCUUCCUCUCGAACGUCUCCUCGGAGUUCCUCUUGCGGUACACCGUGCCGGGGUCGCCGUGCUCCUACGCCGGCGUCAUGGGGGAGUCCUUCGGCCAGGUGGGGUCCACCGCGGUCCAGCUCUGCGUCGUGCUCGCCACCAUGGGGACUCUCACCGUCUUCCUCAUCAUCAUCGGGGACGUGCUGUCGGGGAACCGAUCGGAGGGGACGGUGCACGUGGGUGUACUGCAGGAGUGGUUUGGAGAGCAGUGGUGGAACGAGCGUGACGUGGCGCUGUUGAUCACCCUUGUCGUCAUCAUCCUCCCUUUAAUCCUUCUCAGGCGAGUAGACUCACUGAGAUUGACGUCGGCCAUAUCUGUUCUCCUCGCGGUGGUAUUCAUGUGCUUAAGCUCCGGCAUGGCUCUCUAUGCUCUCUUCCACGGAACCGCUCAAACCCCAAGGCUCCUGCCUGACUUUGCCCACCUAUCCAACGCUUUUGAGCUCUUCACCGCCGUUCCGGUCAUUGUUGUAGCAUUCACCUUCCACUUCAACGUCCAUCCAAUCCAAGCGGAGGUCAGCAACUAUUCCAAUAUGAAAGUGGCGGUUCGGAUCUCCUUAUUAUUAUGUGCUGCCAUCUACGCAGUCGUUGGAUUCUUCGGUUAUCUACUCUUUGGCGAAUUAACGAUGGCUGAUGUGCUCUCCAACUUCGAUCAGAACUCUGGCUCCCAAAUCGGACGGCUCCUAAAUGACAUAGUCCGACUGAGCUAUGCCCUUCAUUUGAUACUGGUGUUCCCCCUCCUUAAUUUUGCACUUAGGCUCAACAUAGACGAGCUCUUGUUUUCAAGAUCAAAGCCGCUAGCUGAAGACACCAUCCGAUUUGUGUCUCUCACAAGUCUACUGAUGGGGCUCAUCUAUCUGACGGCUGUGGCCAUCCCGAGUGUAUGGACAAUGUUUCAGUUCAUUGGAUCAACUGCAGCCGUUUGCCUCUCUUUGAUCUUUCCUGGUGCCAUUGUUCUGAGGGACAUUCAUGGGAUAGCAAACAGAAAAGACAAAGUCCAAGCAGCAAGUAUGAUAGCUUUGGCCGUCAUCACAAGCUCCAUUGCCAUUGCUUCUAAUGUUAUUAGCUACAUUGGAAGUGGAGAAAGCAAUGAAGACCAAGCUUAAGGUCAUCACACCAAGAAUCAGUGUGCUGUCUUACCCACAUCAAUCUUCACAAUGGCUGACUCCUAGCAGGGCAGUGAUAUUAGGAAUAUAGGAUGAUCCAGCACCAUUUUAACUUGUGAUCCUCCCAGUUUCCUUUUUACUUGUUUUAUAAAAACUUUCUGAUGUAAUUUCCCUGUUAUUUUUAGUGCUAGAAAAUUAUUUCAUGCGAGUCCACCAAACUAUAUAUGUAUACCAUCUGCAAGAAUCUAAAAUAGAAAAGGCUACAAAUCAACAAAAUUUUAUUGUGAAGCGAAUAAUUAAGAUUUUGGUUCUCUU